AUGAAGGAAUUGCUGAUAUCUGCUGGGCCCCAAGUGACCAUGAUCGACUCGCCUGUCCCUAUCCCAGGGCCUGGACAGAUUGUCAUCAAGGUUGUUGUCUGCGCUGCGAACCCCAAAGACUGGAAGAGGCCUGAGUGGCAAGGCACUAAUAUAAAUGAAGGAGAUGAUAUCGCCGGAAUUGUACACUUGGUUGGGAAGGGUGUAGUGGAAUUCAAGCCGGGCGACCGUGUUGCUGCCUUCCACGAGAUGGGUGGUCAGGGUGGAGGUUACGCAGAAUAUGCACUCUCCUGGGCAUACACAACUUUCCAUAUCCCCCCAAAGAUCUCUUUCGAAGAGGCUGCGACCAUACCUCUGGCUUGCAUGACCGCCGCAAUGGCGCUGUUCUCGCGGCUUCCACUCCCACAGCCCUGGUCACCCAUCUCUCACCCACUGCCAUUAAUUAUCUAUGGUGCCUCAUCCUCGGUAGGUUGCUACGCCGUCAAACUGGCCCGCCGCGCCAACAUUCACCCACUACUUCUCAUCGCCGGUAAGGGUGCCACCUACGUGGAAACUCUAAUCGAUCGGACUAAGGGUGACACUAUUGUGGACUAUCACGGCGGGCCUGGAGCCAUAGUAUCUGGUAUCAAAGACGCGCUAGAAGCCAAUCAUCUUGGCUUCCAUGACUGCCGGUAUGCCUUUGAUGUAAUCAGCAGCAAUGGGAGCUGGGAACCGCUCCUCGAGAUUAUAAAGCCCAACGGUGCCAAUGCUGCAAUUACUUUGCUCCGUCCAUAUCCAGCCGACACUUUUCCAGAGGGAGUGCAGCAUUCGCGAACUGGUGUUGGUGGAUGCCACUCACAGAAGGACACUCGAGACUGGGAUCCCGAUUUGGCCUACGUGUUCUUUCGACUUUUUGCUCGUGGCUUACAAGAUGGGUGGCUUCUUGGACACCCCUGGGAGGUGCGACCAGGGGGGUUGGAUGGAGUGGAAGCAGCACUGAGAGUCUUAAAAGAAGGAGAGAACGGUGCGCAGAAAUAUGUGUUCCGGAUUGCCGAGACCGGGAAACUAGAGAGCUCAUGA